UCAUACAUAACUAUGCUUUCAAAACUAUUCCUUUUUUUGGCAAUUCUAAAAUAAAUUUUUUGUUCAGGUCUACAGAGAUUAAAAAUGAUUUUAACAUGCCGCUUGAAACCACAACAAAUACUGCGCUUAACGCCUCACAUCUGUCCACAUUAUGCCUACCACUGGGGCAACUACGAUGCCAGCUCAGGGGAAUGUUGUAAAAUGCAAACGAAGUGCAUACAUAAGACGCAAUGUGGAAAAACGACUGCAAUACCCAAUCGUUGCUAUAAGAGAGUGGAUAGUGCCAAGGUGCUGGAAGAUGCGUACUCCAAGCAGUUGCUGGAAAUCCUAAACAGAGAACAGGCCGUCAUUGACUGCGAUUUAUUCAAGCACGACAUGGUCUAUUAUCGACCCUCGGAUAAGACGCGUCGCUACCAACGUACCUGGUGUGAGUGUCCACAUAUUUGGCUCAGACCCAAGCCAAUCUGUUGCUAUGAUAAAGAAGUCAAUCUGCCCAUGAAACGGCGUCCAAGGCCGCCACCCCAGAAGGAGAAAACCGCAGCUGAGAUGUACGCUUUCCAAAUGGAACAGCUGUGCAAGUACAAUAUUCGAUUGGGGCAAUAUCCGAAAUUGAAAUGCCACAUUGUUAAAAUACCCAAAAAUUGUACAAAAGAUAAGGCGCCAUUUCCCAGCUUUUCAGAGUGUGAUGCGGAGUGUAUUCCUCAGUAUUGUCCAACCGAAUGUGCGUGCAAGUUGAAGCCAAACCUUUGCGAUAUGUGGAAAUUAUUUCACCAUAAUGCUGGGAUGUUUAAGAAAUGCACAGAGGCAUUAGUUGACUACUGUCCAUUCAAGAGGCGAGCUCGUGCUCUAUCGUAAAG